AAAACUUUAAGGUGUAGUCAUUCUUUUGUUGUGUUUUUGUGUUUAUUCAAAUUUGAAAAAUUUUAACGAUGGAAGACUCGGAAAAUCAAAACCAAAAAAUAUCGAAAUUUAAAAAGCCGUUUUUGUUGAAAUAUAGGGAAUUUGUUGAUUGUAUAGGCCCUGAACACUUCGAGAACACCAAUGAUAUAGUGCCGGCAGCAGUAUUAUUAAAAAUAUUCAAAGAAGGACUUCUUGCCCAAAUAACAAGCUACUUCCAUGUUAGCUGGGAUUACGGCAACACCAAUGAUAACUUGCAGAUUUUGGAUCUUUUGAAGACUGACUCUCGCAAUGAUACGGAAAAGAAAUGGCGACCUACAGGAAAAACUGUUGAGGAACAAGUCAGACCACUGAUAGUGAACAAAUUGAAAUGGCAAAUAAAAUUUUACGAAAAGCAAAUACAAUUUCAAAAACAGCAACUGGAAAGUGCGAUAAAACAGCUGGAAAUCGAUAGGAAAAAGUACAACGACAUGCGUUCGCAGCGCGAGGUGUACCAGCGCUGCUUGAUGACAGAACUUGAUGAUUUGGAAAAAAUAAGAUCCGAGAUCAUGCACGUCGAUACCAAGCUAGUCACGGAUUUGGCGGCAAGUAGUAGUAGUAGUGAUACAAAGUAAUGAAUUUGAUAAAGUAUGUUUAAAAAAUAUUAUAUACAUAAGAU